AUGUCCUCAUUAGCAGACUACCUCGCCAAAAACUACCUAACCGCCGACCCGCAACCCGAACGCCCCAAAAAGAAGCGCAAGAAGAACAAACACCACGACCCAUUAACCAGCAGCACCGGCGGAGACGGCCUCAUAAUCGCAGACGAUGACCCUCCAUCUCUGCGCGCUACGGCCGGCGAUUUAGAGAAUAAUGAAUAUGAUGAGAAUUCGCCUUAUGUAUUGGAGUCAUCAGCGUCAAGGGCGUUGAACGCGGAGUUUAAGAAGAAGAAGAAAUCCGGCUGGAAGACUGUCGGCGGCGGUGACGACACAGCAGCAACGAGUUCGCGGGCAGGUCAAGACGAAGCAGAUGCGAUCCUGGCCUCUGCCGCGGCUGAAAGCGCGGCAAGACUUCAAGCCACCGAAGCGGAUGACGCGCCGACCAUCGAAGGCGGCAUUCAAGACAUGGACGAAGAAGAUUAUGACGGCGCAAGAAUGGAAUCCGGCGCCCGCGCUGGUCUCCAAACAGCCGCACAAACCGCCGCCAUGGUCGCCGCCCAGGAACGACGCAAGAAAGCUGAAUUAGCUGCAUUCCAGGCAUCUACCAAACAGCAACAAGAUGGUGGAGGGGAGACGAUCUAUCGUGACGCAUCGGGCCGCAUCAUAAACGUCGCAAUGAAACGCGCCGAAGCCCGCAAAGCAGCCGAAGAAGCCGCAAAGGCCGAACAAGCCGCCAAAGAAGCACUCAUGGGCGACGUGCAACGCCAAGCAAAGCAAGAACGACAAGAACAACUCCGUUCCGCGCGCGCAAUGCCGCUUGCGCGCACAAUUGAAGAUGAAGACCUGAACGACGAAUUGCGGUCACAAGAGCGAUGGAAUGAUCCUGCAGCCCAGUUCCUGACCACUAAAAAGGCCGCAACAAGUAAAACGGGACGACCUUUAUACAAAGGGGGGUUUGCGCCGAAUAGGUACGGGAUCAGACCUGGGCACAGAUGGGAUGGAGUUGAUAGGGGCAAUGGGUUUGAGAAGGAGUGGUUUCAGGCGAGGGCGAGGAAGGAUMGGAUUAGGGAUUUGGAGUAUGAGUGGCAGAUGGAUGAAUAA